AUGCAAAUUCGUCAAAAAGAAGGGAGAGAAGCGGAAGUCCGUCGACAAAUUUGGAUGAACUUGUUACCUUUGAACGACACUUACAUCGUUUUGUCAUCAGAUCUCAAUUUUUACUACUUAUUGCAUGUCCCGGUCGCUGCGAUGUAUUGGAUUGGGAAGGGAGUAAAGGUGUUACUCGUCAUUGUUCUCAGGGAUAACGAGGAUGCAACUGAUCAUGAUUUCGCGCUGAUGGAAUUAAUAAACUUUUUGGAGGGCGAAAUGAAUGUAAGCAGGGGUUGCGAUUUUGAUUAUGUUUCAGCGAAAAAAUUAAGUGCCGCCGUGGCGAGUGUUUGACUAGGUUUUGAUGAGACUUGGAGGCAAAAUGAAAUCAAAUCUUUGUGUAAAACGUCUGUAUUAAAUUUGACAGAAAUCGCUGUGAAAUUUAUGACAAAAAGUAAUAUUGUCUAUCAUGCUACCGCCUUCAAAUCAGUUACUAAAAUUACAUGUAGUGUGCUUUCAAAAAAAGCUGAACACGUUUGACGGCCUUCCUUUCAUCAGAACGUUGCCCUUUUCAGGUGAAAGUGAUCUACUACCGUAACUACACGAUCCCUUCUUCCCAAUUCUCCCAAACAGUCAGAGCUUUUGCCGCAGGCUCUGAGUUCGCCCAUACUUUGGAUCCGGAUAAAACGGUCUUCGUUACAAGCGACGUUGACUUUUUCCCCCGCAAUAUAUCAUCUCAUAUCCCGAACACCCAUCGAGGAAAAGAAAUAAUGACAUACGGCCCCGAUGGCACCGAUUAUAUUCGAUGGUUCGGCGAGAAAUACCAUAUGUACAGCAUGACUUCAGUGGGGAUGACGUUGAGGCGGUGGAGGGAGGUCAUUGGUAAGUUUUUAUAAUUACAACUAUACGGUUCAUUAAAGCUCAAAUCAAAGGCCAACGUAUUUUCUUCUAGGCAUCCCACACGACCAACCAGUCGAUGGGAAGUUUAUUGACAGCUACAUCAACAAGACAUUUGACAAUAGGAUUCAUCGGCAAGGGAUGUAUUGGCGAUGGUUUUUGGAUCAACGAUUCGUGAGCCUCAAAAUUAAGCGUUGGAUUGAUAAAAAUGAGGAAAAGUAAGGUGCCAAACAUCAAUUCAAAGAUUAUUCUACAGGUUUCGUGAAAUAUCUGAAAGGUCUUGCUCAGGAGAGCGAUUAGACCGAAAAUAUUGGCCAAGUGCUGAAGAACUGGAGAAAAUGAAUCUCUGGGAAAAGUAUGAAAGCGCUCAUCUAACUCCUGGAAUCGUAUAUGAGCAAAUUUGGAACGUAAAUAUGCCAUUUUACAAGAAGAUAUUCACUGAAGACCAAAUUAAACAACUGGCGGGGAUCAGAGAAAAGGUUUUGUCAGCAAGGGAUAUCAAAAAAUACGUUACACAUUCGUAUCAUCCAGAGUUCCAGAAUGCCUUCUGGAAGACCAUUUAUAAUAUGGACGAUAUGCUUAACAAAACUCAGCAUUAA